AUGGUGAGGCCUCGGACAACAUUUUCGUUCUGGUGGUCCACGGACAACAGGUAUAAGAGUGUGACUCGGCCUUUCUCUAAAGCAAGGAGCUUUUGCAAGGCACAUGUCAAGUUCAUAAAGAUAGCCAUAUGGUGCAUCUUGUGGGCAGGUUAUGUGGCCUAUUUCGUUGCAGCUUGUUGGCUGGAUUUUGAUCGCGCCUUGGCUUUGGUCAUUCUCACUGGUCUGGCAAUUGGUCUCCUGGCCUAUAGCUUGGUGAACAAAUGGUGGGGGUCUGCGAUUGUGAGACUCUUGAACCCUUGUGGGAAAUGCUGCCAAAAGGCUUGGCCAUGGCUGAAGUGGGUGUUGUGUGCGCUCAUUUUGAUUGGGCUGAUCACCUGGCUGGUUCUUGACAUGUCCCAGAGGCGAGAGCAGUUGGUCUCCCUGGCAGGGUUUGCUGUGCUGGUCCUGAUACUCUUUGCCUGCUCCAAGCACCACAGAGAUGUGUCUUGGAGAGCUGUGUUUUGGGGGCUUGGCCUGCAGUUUCUUCUUGGAGUCUUUAUCAUCCGGACAGAGCCUGGAUUUCAAGCUUUUGACUGGCUUGGUGGACAAGUGCAGACUUUCCUGAACUACACCAUUGCUGGUUCCAGCUUCAUGUUUGGUGACAAAUUGAUCCAUGAAGCAUUUGCCUUUCAGACACUGCCCAUCGUUGUCUUCUUCAGCUGUGUGAUGUCUAUACUCUACUAUUUGAGGGUCAUGCAGUUCCUCAUCCUGAAGCUGUCCUGGCUCUUACAACUCACCAUGGGUACAGCGGCUACAGAAACCCUGAGUGUGGUGGGCAACAUAUUCGUCGGGAUGACAGAAGCUCCGCUGCUCAUUCGCCCGUACCUGAAAGACAUGACCAAGUCAGAAGUUCAUGCAGUGAUGACGGGAGGCUUUGCCACGAUUGCCGGCAGUGUGAUGGGAGCAUAUAUAUCAUUUGGAAUUGACCCUUCCUCCUUGAUUGCUGCUUCAGUGAUGGCAGCCCCAUGUGCUUUAGCAAUGGCUAAACUUGUCUAUCCAGAAGUGGAAGAGUCCAAGUUUCGGAAUCGGGAAGGUGUGAAAAUUGCUGCUGGGGAAGAGAAGAAUGUUCUGGAAGCUGCUGGAAACGGAGCCAGUGUCUCUGUGGGGCUGGUUGCAAAUAUCGCAGCCAACCUCAUUGCCUUCCUGGCAGUGCUUGAGUUCAUCAAUGCCACCCUGUCUUGGCUGGGGAGCAUGGUCAACCUGCCAGAACUCUCCUUCCAGCUGAUCUGCUCCUAUGUCCUGGUUCCUUUAGCCUUCUUGUUAGGAGCAAGCUGGGAGGAUGCACCCCUGGUUGCUGAGUUGCUGGGAACCAAGAUCUUCUUAAAUGAGUUUGUUGCCUAUCAGCAACUUUCAACCAUCAGGCAGAAGCGACUGGCUGGGCUGUCAGAAUGGAAUGGGAAUCACAAGCAAUGGAUUUCUGUCAGAGCCGAAACCAUCACAACCUUUGCUCUGUGCGGAUUUGCCAAUCUGAGUUCCAUCGGGAUAAUGAUGGGUGGCUUGGCAUCUAUGGCACCCGAGCGCAAAGGUGAAUUUUCCAGCAUCGUCCUUAGGGCUUUGUUUACCGGGGCCUGUGUCUCCCUACUCAAUGCAUGCCUUGCAGGCAUCCUCUUCAUAUCCAGAGAAGCAAUUGAUUGUCUAGACCUCUUCAGCAAAAUUGAAUUGAACUCUACAAGCUAUCAUGUUUAUGUUUGCUGCAAAGACUUGUUUACCAGCACUUCUACACCAACCAACGGAUCCCAUUCUUUCUCUGGCGUUUGGGAAAGUGUGGAUUUCAAUACCUCACUCACUUAUCUCCAAAAGUGCUGCGGACACUACAAUGGCACAGCCUGCACUUAA